AUGGCGACCACAAAUAUCCUCAUCGAGACCUUCUCCGGUCUCGGCCUCCCCUCCACCCUAUCCCUGCCUCUCCCGUCAGCCUCCUCGAUAUCCAACGUCUUCUCCUCCCUCGACGCAUAUCUCCCACCUGUUACGACACCCCUUCGCCUUACCACUACGAAGGGAGCAAUUCUCUCUCCUACAUCUAGAACUCCACUUUCAUCUCUUCUCAACGAUCUCACAGAUGACUUCCUCACUCUCCGCCUUACGGCGCCACUUCCCGGCGGUAAGGGUGGUUUCGGUUCCCAGCUUCGUGCUGCUGGUGGACGUAUGUCCUCGCGAAAACGCAAGGGACAAGAGAACAGCGACAGUUGUAGAAACUUAGAUGGAAGAAGGUUAAGAACCGUCAAAGAGGCAAAGGCGCUUGCACAAUAUCUUGAGACAAAGCCGGAUAUGGACAAGAAGGAACGCGAUAAAAGGAAAGAAAGGUGGGGGAAGGUCAUCGAGGCCGCCGAUGAGAAGAUAAGAGGUGGUGGAAAUGUCAACCAGAGAUUCGACGACGCGAAGUGGUUGGAGGAGAAGGACGAGGGGAGAGAUAAGGCUAGAGAGGCGGUUCUAAGAGCCAUGAAAGCAAAUUCUAGUGCCGCUAGAGUACCAAGCCCAUCCGGUCAGAGCUCCACAAGCGAGGAUUUGGAAGGCAGCGACGACGAGAAAAACAACAGUUCCGAGGAAUCCUCGAAGUCAAGUGAAGACGAGAAGGUUCUACCACCUACCAAGAAGGUCAAGGUACAACCAAAGAAAAUUUUCGGGUUCGACGAAGAUGAUGACUUUCUGUCGUCAAGUGACGAAGAGGAGGAAGAGGAGGUCUCUGGCAAAGGAAAGGCUAGAGCAUGA